AUGAUUAAAAGGCGUUCAGUAUUAACAAGAAAGACAUCGUGCCCCGUUUGUUCCAAAAAAAGAAUUAAAUGCGACAGAUUAGUACCGUGUACCAAUUGUCUAAAUAAAGGGUUAGAAAAUGAAUGUUUAACUUCGACCUUUUCUCGAUCUACCGUAGAAUCUACUAUCGAGUCGCACAUUUUGUCUUUAUAUCAAAAUUGGGAUCAUUGGAUCGUCAAAGAGGCAUGUUUCAAUGGAAUGCUAUGCAUGAUGCAUGUACCUUUUAUAAAUGAAAAUAAUUUACUUGAUGAUUCUUUAAUACGGUUGGUUGAUGAGGAUAACAGUUUCAAAAUUUUGGAUUUUGCAAUGUCUAAUUUGGGCUUUAUGUUUUUCGGUUAUUUCGCAGAUAUAACAGAAUUUUAUUUAUUAUUAGAGAAAUAUUGGGAGCCUAAAAAAUAUCACGGUCUAAGUCUAGAUGACAUGUUUACUGAAACUUUACUAUGGAGCAUAUUUUCCAUGUCAGUUUAUUAUAUGAAUCAAAGAGAAUUGGAAAAUUUAUUUGGGGAUGAAGAUCUCGAGAAAAUUUAUAAAUGUUUUUUAUAUUAUACUCUAGAGCUAAUAAAGAACAUUUUACACAUACCAGAUGUACGAAUCAUUCAAGCGUUUUUGAUCUUAAGUAAUACUGACUUUAGGUACCGAUAUCCGAUGUAUUAUCACCACCUAUUUUGUACCGUACAACAUAUUUCAAGUACUAUUAACUUAAAUAAUAUAAAACCAUUUAGCUUUGAAAAUAGCUUCUUAUCAUAUAAGCUGAUUAAAGAUUCGUGUGAUAAAAUGUGGUUUCAACUGUUAUAUUGGGAUUAUUUAACUGAAUCUAUUAAAAGGCCCAUAAAUUUGCACUAUAAUUUUAAAUCACUAGUUUUACAAGAACAACAAGAUGUUUUCCCUAAAAAUAUUGAAAAUGUUGAAAAUAAUCCAGAAUUGUAUAAAGUUGAAGAGACUUUUGAGUUACUCCUUUGGAAAUUUGUUUCGCUUGAUAGAGAUAUGGAACAAUACGUAAAUAAAAAGGCUUCAAUGAAAUCAAUUGAUGCUAUUGAAAAAGAAAUCAUAUUACUGGAUACGAAACGCAAAAUUUACAUCAAAAAUUUAUCCUCUAAUUCAAAAAACGAUUUAUUUCAAAAGUUUAUAUAUGUCACUAUUCUAAAAAAAUCUUAA